AUGUUCCGAACUCCGAAUGCCUCUGCAUAUAUCAUCAGAGGCACUCUGCCAUCGUGGCUCUCUCUCCUCCAUCGACUCGUUCCGGGAAACCGCAAUGGUCUUGGAAUCUACUAUACGCACGGUACCCGUCAAACGUCGAAAUGGAAAGCUUCAGAGCUUCGAUGCGUUCGACGCGGAGCAGUCAACUUAUGCUACUACCAUCCGGCGCCUUUGACAAAAUCGACACCUUCAAUACUGCCCUCGCCAGCGACUACCUCAAUCGUCUCUGCGAGAACUUCUGUAGCACCUCCACAGGACUCGCCAGCGGCUCUGCCACAGGAUGGAAAUGCCGCCCGUCGCACAGGCACUCGAGCGGAGAGCGCACCAGCAACGGAUCGGUUUCAGGGGAUCUUGAGUGUCCCUUCUGCUGGCAUUCUUAUGGAGCCUUCUGACAGGACCCGGAUUCCGGAGUUCCUUGGCCAUUCAAGCUCGUCUGCGGUGGUCGCGGAGCUCAACGACACUUUGGGGAUUGAUGCAGCGCCGGAGGUCGCUCCCGAGACUCCCCUCGUCGAAUGCAUCCCAGAGUCUGCCAUCAGACAGGGAAUCGAAGUGCUGUCAUUCUUUCAAGAUGCUGAGCAAAUACGAAAUCUCGUGGAUCGAUGCUUCGAAUCAGGGGACGGAGAAGCGUUCCUGAUCUACAGACCGAUCUAUUACGCUUGGCUGGACCAUAUGUUGCCGUUGAUUACAGAGGCAACGCGAACACACUCUCUGGCAAAGCUGUCAGCUCUGACCUGGCGGAAUACACAACGUCCUCUUGUCGCCGAUGGUGCUUUGUCAGCCAUAGAUUGGGCGCUUCGUGCAACUGGCGAGCACCUGCGAUGGGAGUCCGUGGGCCUACUCUUAUCGCUUAUCGGGAUGCUGUUCGGGUUUCUACAAUUACAUGAUCCGGCACUUCGAUCUUAUUCCAAAAUCGGCCGGGCACGGUUGCUGGACAAGCAGGUGCAUCUCAUCGACAUAUGUAUAGACUUCAGCAAAAGAUGUGGAAGCCGCAACGACCUCAUGGUCUGUCUCCUGUAUGACAGGAUGCUGGUAGUAUCUUUCAUCCGCGGCGACACCUCGAUUGAAGUCUGGACCAGCCUGAGCGCAGCGUUUGAUGCUAUCGUGCUCGCGGGAAUUCACCUGGAGAAGCGUGUGGAUGUCCAUACGCCGUUCUUCCUCUGUGAGCUUCGCAUAAGACUGUUUCUGAUAUGUUUUAGCAUGGACAAGUUUUUGGCCACGUUCAUGGGACGACCACCGCAUCUCAGCUAUCGUUACUCGGUGCUACAACAACCGCACGAGCUGAGUGAUGACGAGCUUUGCUCGCAUGAGGCCGAUCUACAAGCGGCCCUCGUCAAGAGCGAUGUUGGGGUGCUCAAGUCAGGUCCACCUACUCGAAUGACGUGGCGCAGGAUACAGUGGCAACGACCUGUGAUCCGGGAAGACAUAUUGGAAAUUGCCAUUGGCACAAAGUACCAGAACCUGCACGACCUACAAGAUCGUAUCCGUGGAGGAGUCCUCGCAAUGGAAAUGCUAAAGCGAGAUCAGAAGCAAAUUUCCAAUGCCGGAUAUUCGCGGUCCGAGAUUCUGCAGCAGUUGAGUGUACUUGUCGCCGCCCUCGAGGCAGUCAGCUCGGAGGAGAGCAAUUAUGCAAUAUGCGCAAUGGGACUCAACGCCAUCAAGAAAGUGCUGGAUCGAGUGCUAUCGCGACCUGCUCCUCGAGCGACUGAAGUUGAGACCAUGCAGCCUGACACAUGGGUCGAUCCAUUCCAGGUGUACAUCGAUAACGACGCGGACUUCUUGCAGUGGCUGAACUCGGUCGAAUUUCAAGCAGACGGAACGAUCGAGCCCGCGCUGCUGAGUUAG